AUGCAUGCAACAAGGUAUUCAUUGCCAUAUACAUGCGCUCGAUGCUUUCGAGCUUCAUCACAACAUAAUGCCGUCUCGACUGGAUCCAAACCCAGAUCCUUCUCCUACCUCUCGCCACUUCGAAACUCGCCCAUUAAAGCGAAGGUGAACGAAGACGUUUCACAAAUCGAGGCUCAAAUACUUGAGAAAUCAUCUCAAAAUGGAGAGAAAGAGCAAGGAGCUAUGUCGAGACGGCUCGCAGAAGCUACAGAGGAUGCCCUUCUGGAAGGUGGCCGGGCUGGCAGGAGAGCAGUGGAGGAGGCCGGAUUCUCGGAAGAUCUGAAGCAGAAGCUCCUAGAAAAAGUCGAGGCACACAAGUUCCGUUCAGAGAAUGCAUCGGCAUUUGCACAUGCUGGACUAUCAUCAAACGUUGGUAAAGGCUCGCAGGAGAUUGCCUCUGCACAGGCAUGGACAGGCGAAGAAGGAGCCGAGGAUACGAUGCUUCGAAUGCUUGACGAUGCACGCAAGCCGUUGAAACCUGGCCUACGAGGCCCUUCGAAAAUCCCAAGUCCAAUCAUCGAUUUACGAUUGAAGCGGGUGCCGAAGCAAAGGCCAGGAGAACGGCUCGCGAAUGCCAGAGACAAGACGUCUCUCUAUGUAAUCUCAAAGGAUAGUCAAAUGUCGGACAAGGAGAGGGCUGAUAUGAAGAAAGAGUUGAAGGAGAGAUUCACACCUGCUGCCAGAGCAAUGCCCAACUCCAUUCGAGGUUUGGCUGCACUUGCAAACGAGAGGAUUGAGGAUGCCAUUGCCAGAGGCCAAUUCAAGAAUAUACCCCGAGGAAAAGCCAUUGAAAGAGAUGCAAGAGCAGACAACCCAUUCGUGGACACUACCGAAUACAUCAUGAACAAAAUGAUACAACGCCAGGAUAUCGUUCCUCCAUGGAUUGAGAAGCAGCAAGAAUUAGUCAAGACAGCAACUAUUUUCCGGGGCCGGCUGCGAAAUGACUGGAAAAGGCAUGCUGCAAGAACGAUUGCAAGUCGCGGAGGAAGCUUGCAGGAACAAAUGCGAACUGCAGAGCUUUACGCAGAAGCAGAGCGCGUACACAACCCCAAGAAAAGGGCUGUCGAGCAAAUAUCUGUACCAGCAAAUGUCACAGACGACCCAGUGAUGGUGAAUAUCAUCCAACAACCGGUAGCACCUAGCCAAGCUGCCUCGAUCCAAGUUUCAAUGGAAAACAAAGAUGUUGAAGUCACCGUCUCGAACUCAGCGUCCCCAGAACCUCUGUUUGAAGCCUCUCAAGCACCUGGCCAGCUAUUAAGAGCCAAUGAUGCAGAGGCUCCAAAGCUUUCAAUGCGUACUGCGAAGACUCCCCUCCCAGCGCCAUUCCGUAUUCCAUCAUGGGAAGCAGCCGAAGCUUCCUACCUUCAGCUCGCCGUAACCAAUCUCAACAACCUCACUCGAUCCUACAACCUCAUGGCACCAGAUCUUGCCAAGAAGCCUUACUUCUCGUUGGAACGCGAGCUCAAAGCAUGCUAUGCAGAUGUGGCUCCUAAUUUGGCACAAGACAUUAAAGAGCGUGCAGCAAGGCCAGCAAGGGAUCUGGUUGAAAAGAUUGGGCAUAGACCUGGGAGCGUGAUGGAAAGAUUUGGAAGGGAUACGGUGAAGAUUUAUGAUAACCAGAAGCCGUUGUAUGGUUUUAAGGAGUUUUGGAGUGAUUUAUUUGGGGACAAGAGGACUUGA